UGUAUAAUUAUGGUGCGUUCUAAUUAGAAACGAACACAAUGUCAAUUAAUAGUUUGUCUACAAGUCCUCUUGGCUUUGAAUGGCCGUGGCAGUAUGAGUUUCCACCAUUCUUCACUAUCCAGCCCAACAGUGACACUCGGAUCAAGCAGUUGGAGGCGUGGUGUGAUCUAAUCCUGGCCUAUUACAGAGCUAGCAAGACUUAUAUCAUGGACCUCACAGAAGUCUCACAAUCAAGUCCACUGUUUUGCAACUCAAAGAUAAAUCGUAGGCUAUCUCCAGAGGCAAUACGAACUGUACUGGAAACACUGGAGUCUAAAGGAAAUGUUGAAUGGCAGGAUGGUAAGAAAGACCGAUGCUUGGUCAUGUGGAGGACUCCUCAAGAAUGGGGUCAGCUCAUCUAUCAAUGGGCUGAGGACAGUGGAUUGAGCACCAGUGUGUGUACACUGUAUGAAAUGCAUUCUGGAGAAGACACCACUGAUCAAGAGUUCUAUGGUAUGGAGGUGUGGAUGUUAAAGAGAGCCAUACAAGCACUGUCCCGACUGGGCAAGGCAGAACUGAUACCAGGAGAUAAUCCUGAUGGCUCUGACGCAGGAGUCAAGUUCUUCUCAUAGCGAGGACAUUAUUGACUCUAGUCAACUCUUUUAUUGAGCGUUUCUGUUUUGUUUGUUUGUACUUAACAUAGUUUAGUCUGGUGCAAUUGUCUUUUGAA